AUGAGUUCAACAAAUUCCACAGCAGCAUACCCUGCCCAGUCUCCCAACUCUGCCCAGCAAUAUCAUGUGCAAGCUCCACCUCCUGCAGGCUACCCAACAAGAGAUGUGCCCCAGAACUCUGUUCCUGUAGAAACCAAGUCAAAGGGUGAUGGCUUCUGGAAAGGCUGCUGUGCUGCCUUGUGUUGCUGUUGUGCGUUGGAUGUUUGCUUUUGA